AUGAGUCGCCAGAUCGUCGUUGCAUCAUGCUCGCUUGCUCAGUGGGCUCUGGAUUGGGAGGGUAAUUCUACCCGUAUCAAGCAGAGCAUCCGCAAAGCGAAAGCCAAGGGUGCUACAUUGCGCGCUGGGCCAGAACUGGAAAUUUGUGGAGUGAUGGCAUAUAACGGUAGAAUUGUCUCUAUACGCCCGAAAACGACUCUGAGGAUUGACGGCAAUUAUAACGAGUCGAGGUGGUUCACCGCGUGGGAUCCUGCUAUUCCACCCGAAGCAUUUCCCCUGCCAGACUUCAUUGCGGACGUGCAAGGCACCAACAUGGUUCCUUUCGGCAGCGCUCUGCUCUCCACCUCAGGCGCGUGUGUUGGCGCCAUUACAUCCGACGAGUUGAUUGGGCUCGAAGACUUGCUUCCAACAGCCUUGAGCUCGACAAGCGCUGAUGUGUUGACGGUCUCUGCAGCCAAUCACUUCACGGUCGGUAACUUCGACUCUUUAGUUUUUUCGCUGCAGAAUAUCAGCAAAGACAUUGGUGGAGUCAUCCUCUACUCGAAUCAGCAUGGCUGCGAUGGCGACCAAAGCUACUACGACGGUGGCCCGAUGAUCUUGGUGAACGGAGAAAUAGUUUCUCAAGGCCCAAGGUUCUCGGUCCACGAUGUCGAGGUGGUAACCGCCGUCGUCGAUCUAGAAGAGGUUCAAUUGUAUCGAGCUAAACAAGCAGUCUCGGAGCCCCUGGAUGACCUCACUACGCCCCGUGUAGACAUCACCACCACCCUAUUGCUCGGGGCCCAAGCUUUCACACAUUGGAAGAAGAGAUCGCCAUGGGACCAGCCUGUUAUCUUGGGAUCCAACGACUGGCUGCCCAAAACCCCUCAAGAGCUUUGCAACCGCAUCUUGCAUACAGUGUACAUAAGCAUGUCAGAAUGCUCAUCCGAAGAGACACGUUCACGAGCUCAGCGUCUCGCAGAAGGCAUGGGUGCCCACCACAUCAGCAUGUCCAUCGAUACCGUAUACCGAGCCGAGCGAGAUCUACUCCCUCAGUACACAGGCUUCACCCCCGAUUUCCGAGGCUCUUCAGCGGAGAACCUAGCACUCCAAAACCUGCAGGCACGUAUCCGCUCAACCACAGCAUACUACCUCGCCCGUACACUACCCGUCAUCCGCAACCACCCCGGCGGAGGCGGCCUCCUCGUCCUAAGCUCCGUCAACGUAGAAGAAUCCCUCAGGGGCAACUUAACAAAGCACGAUUGCAGCUCCGCAGACCUCAGCCCCAUCGGCAGCAUCUCCAAGAUCCAACUCCGAUCCUUCAUCCGCUGGGCGCGUACCGCCUUCACACUACCCAUCUUAGACGAGUUCCUCGACGCAAUUCCCCGCGCUGAGCUCGAGCCCGCUAGCUUCGGUUCAUGCGACGAUAAGGAAAACGGCAUGACCCAUCAAGAGCUUUUCGUCUUUGCCAAGCUGCGCAGUGAAGAGCGACUGGGGCCAUUCGACAUGUUCCAUCGUCUGCUGUGUGAUUGGCAGGAAGAGUGCGCGGGAAGUCGGCGAUUUGGUGAAGCGGUUCUGGACUUUCUAUGGCAACAACAGGCAUAA